GUUAAAGAGCUUUUGAAGAGAGAGACACAAGUACAGUCCUUUCCUUCUUACCUUUGUUACUUUCCUGCUUCACUAAUGUCCUUUGCUGUCACAUGCAUCUUCCUUUCCUUUCUUACCACUUUCUUCCCUUCGUUUCCUUCCUUUGCAUACCUGCUUUCCUUCCUAUGUCCUUAUAUUUUCCUUUUCUUACCUCCUAGUCUCUAUUUUGUAAAUCCUACUUUCUGUUCCUUUCAUUAUUUCCUCAUGUCCGUCCUUGCUCACCUCCUUCCUUCCUCUCAGGGUUUAGGCUGGGUGUGUUUGAUUUGACUUGAGGGUGUGUUUGAUUUCUCCACCCCUUCCUGCCGUUUGGGCGAGCUUGUUUUGAGCAUCCUCUCCUCCCUGUCUCCUUCCUGUAUCCUCCAGCCUCAGGACGGGUACCGGAUGGUACAGCAGUUCCAGUUCCUCGGCUGGCCGAUGUACCGAGACACGCCGGUCUCCAAGAGGUCCUUCUUAAAACUGGUCCACCAGGUGGACAAAUGGCAGGAAGAGUACGACGGAGGAGAAGGACGCACGGUGGUGCACUGCCUGAAUGGAGGAGGUCGUAGUGGAGUCUUCUGUAGUAUCAGUAUAGUUUGUGAGAUGCUACGACAGCAACGCUGCGUUGAUGUUUUUCACGCUGUGAAAACUUUGAGAAACAACAAACCAAACAUGGUGGACCUGCUGGAACAGUAUAAGUUCUGUUAUGAAGUCGCUCUGGAGUAUCUCAACUCUGCUUAACAUCAACAAGAGACACUCUUCAUCAUCAUCCUCCUCUUCCUCACAGUCUGUCAGGAGGAAGAGGAGGAAGAUGAGGAGAGGAGAAGAGGAAGAGGAGUUGAACUACUGACUGCAGGAGAAGAGGAGGAAGAGGAGGGAGGAUGUUUUUGCACUGACUCAUCAUGUGUAUGGAGGAGAGAAUAUGACUUAAGUAUAAAUAAAUAAAUUAAUAAAUGCAUUAAUAAAUGUUUGAAUACAGAAAAAUAAAUAAGAGAAUAAUUAAAUGCUGAAAUAAAUGAUUGGUCACAGGAGUGCGAUGCUUCUGGUCCACUACUGCUGCCUUGCUCAGUAACGUUGAACUAGCCCAGAGUUGCCAAAUUGACGACUUUCUCGCUAAAUCUGGUGACUUUCCAAAUCCUCCUGGCAACUUUUUUUUGUCAAAAGCAACUAGCAACAAAUCUAGAGACUUUCUCUGGUGUUUUGGAGACUCUGACGUGAAAGCACGUAUCGUUCUGCAGUUACUGUCCUCAGCGAGCAGCAGGUGCUGCCGUGAGCGCCUCCGCCGCCCCAAAGCUCUCACAGGCGGUCGCUCUCACAGCAGCCUCAUGCAGCAGACCAGCUGCAGACCGAGGACGCCGUCAGUGCUGCGAGAUGGUUAUCUGACGUCGUCUACGGGGACGAUUUGUUGGGAAUCGGUUGCUUCUGUCUUGCUCCCCUACUUGACCAAUCCUGCUUAAGAAUGAGGUUGGGACCGCCCACCUCAUUAACAUACGGACGCAGAAAUACAGAAAUGAAGGUGAACAGAAAUAUAGAAAUAGAUUUAUUUAUGUAUGUCCUGUUCAACUCUAUCAACUCUUAUGUAUUCAUUUCAGCAUUUAUUUAUACAUUUAUUAAUACAUUGAUUUAUUUAUACUCCAUACAUCACUGUUGUUUUUACUUGUUUUUAAAUGAACCAAAACAUCCGAGUGGAGCGUCCUGUUAAAUAAAAGAUCUACCUGAACUCUAAAGGGACUUUAUUAUAUAUAUAUAUGUAUUUAUAUAUACAUAUAUGUAUAUAUAAAUAUAUAUACGAGAAAAGAUUUCAUGUUUAUCAGAAAAGAUUAAUUAUUAAAUCGGAUUAAUCAGAUUUAAACUGACAGAUGGAGUCAAAAGAAUAGUUGAUAAUCAAAUCAAUCACCUGAUUGAUUAAACCUGACAAACAACUCAAGGCCGACUUACUCGUGUUUGUUCCAGAGCUUUCAGUCGUUUCCUCACAACUCAUUCUGAGAAUGAAGACUGUGUCAUACGGUCAAGAGCUCUGGAAGAAGGUAGUAAGUAGCCCUUUAGUUGAGAUUCAUUCGUUAUCAUCUUAAGAUAUGUAAACAUUUAGCUCUUCUUCUGUGGUGUUUGAUCAGUUAAAUCCACAACCCCUCCCCAGGUCUGGUCCCCUGCAGGUCCUGGUCUCUGAGGUCCUGUUUGUUUGCUCCUCAGCAGCCGGACGAUGCUGGUUGGUGGUUUUUAAGAUGGAGGCGAUCUGUUAAUAGUGUACAUAGAGCAGGAGGAAGCAGGAAGAAGAAUAUUUAUUCCUUCAGUUGUUUUCAGUGUCGAUGUCGUCGUUCUUGUGAAGCACACAGAGACAAUCAUGUCCGACAGUUCUAAUGUUAGACCAGCAAAGGACCGAACCCUGGUUAUAUGGUUCUGUUCAGUGUAACCCUGGUUAUAUAUGGUUCUGGUCAGUGUAACAUUGGUUAUAUAUGGCUCUGGUCUGUGUAACAUCGGUUAUAUAUGGUCCUGGACAGUGUAACCCUGGUUAUAUAUGGCUCUGGUCACUGUAACCCUGGUUAUAUAUGGUUCUGGUCGUGUAACCUUGGUUAUAUAUGGCUCUGGUCAGUGUAACCCUGGUUAUAUAUGGCUCUGGGCAGUGUAACCUUGGUUAUAUAUGGUUCUGGGCAGUGUAACCCUGGUUAUAUAUGGUUCUGGUCAGUGUAACCCUGGUUAUAUAUGGCUCUGAGUCAGUGUAACCCUGGUUAUAUAUGGUUCUGGUCUGUGUAACCUUGGUUAUAUAUGGCUCUGGUCAGUGUAACCCUGGUUAUAUAUGGCUCUGGUCUGUGUAACCUUGGUUAUAUAUGGUUCUGGGCAGUGUAACUCUGGUUAUAUAUGGUUCUGGUCAGUGUAACCCUGGUUAUAUAUGGCUCUGAGUCAGUGUAACCCUGGUUAUAUAUGGUUCUGGUGCAGACGAGAACAUUAUUGUAAUGAAAGCUUUUAUUUAUGUUGUAUGAUUCCAAAAUACUGCAAAUAAAAAUAUGUAUACACUUCAA